AUGUGCGAAGUCAAGAUGGCGGCGAAGGAGGAAGUGUGUGUUUUGUACUUGACAGGAGAUAGUGAAGGGAGUGAAGAGCAGAUUUUAAAAGUCGCAGUGAACAACAUGGAUGAUCAUCUGGUCUCAAUGAGCAAUAUUGGUGAAUAUCUUGUCCCAGUGAACAACAUUGGUGAUCAUCUGGUCUCAUUGAGCAAUAUUGGUGAAUAUCUUGUCCCAGUGAACAACACUGGUGAUUGUCCAGCCCCAGUGAAUAGGGUAGGGAGUGCAACAACACCCUCUUCAUCAUUGGGAUUUCCCUGGAACUAUGACAGUAUCAAACUUAUGUUGAAUCUCUACAAGGAGAGGAAAGAUCUUUUCCAGGAUGGAAGAAUCAGGAAGGUGAAACUUUGGGAUGAAAUUGCUGAGGCAAUGAAAGAACAUGGAUAUCCCAGCAUCACUGGGAUAGCAUGUGACAAGAAGUUCAGAAACAUGAAAGUGACAUUCAUGCACACCAAAGAUCACAAUGAAUCCAGUGGAAAUGAUUGUCGAAAGUGGGUUUUUUUCCAAGAUUUUCAGGACAUCUUCCAAAAGGAACACUCUGUUGAUCCUGCCUGUGUUGUGAAUGUGGGUGUAUGCAAUGGCAGCCCUUCACCAGACACACCACUCCAGAUUGAGUCAUUCAUUCAGCAAAAUUCUGAGGAACCAGAAAUCCCAUCCUCAUCUGGAAGCAAGUCAUCUUCAAAAGCAUCUCCCAAAAUCCAUUCCCAAGGGAAAAAAAAAUGCAAGAGUGCUCCUGAGUGGGUGAGCGAUCUCAUUAAGGAGAGGAAUCAGUUUCUGAAAGAUGUUGCCCAAGGACUUGAUAAGAGAGUUGAUCUCAUUGCAGAAGCUAUUCGGGAGAGGAAUGAAAUCCUGAGACAACUGAACGCAAAUAUUGGAGAAAUAAUUAGAAAUAAAUGAUUCAAGACCAUGUUCUCACAAGUGCCAGGGACAUUUAUUCUGAAAGAAAAACAAGUUAAAAUUUAAUUUAGUGGCAAUGAAGUUCGUUGCUUUUGUUUUCUGUGCUCAAACCUAUGGAAC